CAGCAUCUGUAGUUCCGUGUGUUGGCUGCUGUGGUGAUGUGGAGGCUGUGCACAUUGCAUGGCCGGGCGAGCUGAAGACAGCGGCAGUGCUGGGGAACAAAGCCGAGUGUGGAGCUCAGCCAUCGACUUGGGCGGCUCACGUUGCAGCGCGCUGCCGCUGCGGUGCGGGUGCGGGGAGCGCAGAGCCGUCAGCCUCUCUCCCCCUUCCCACUCUCUCUCCUCCUUCCCAUUCUCCCUCUCUCUUCCCUUCCUCUCUCUGCUCCCUCCCUCCCUCCCUCCCUCUCUCUGUGCCGCGGCUACAACACUGCUACAACCAAAGAUACUAGCUACACUGUCGCACUUGGCGAGCGGAUACUCCGACGCUCCGCAAGGAGGGAGCCUCCGAUGCUCAGAGUCGAUGUCGGCGACACCGAGGUGAGGAUCGGGGGCCUCCGGCAGCGCUCCGUGCCCGGGGAGGGGAGGACACACACACACACACGAUGAAAUGCAGAGCUGCAAGGACAGAGCAGGAAUAAGCGAAACAUGUCAACGGGUGUGGGUCGGAUUUCACAGCGAGCUGAGAAACAACAAUGAUAGAAGAAUGAAAGCAGAAGAAAUUGGAGGCUAACCAGGAAAUUGCCAUUGUUAUAAAGAUUUUCAAGUCGCUGUAGAUCAUUUGAAAGCACCAUGAGCGGGAUUUUGAAGAGAAAGUUUGAAGAUGUUGAAGGGACCUCCCCAUGUUCAUCCGUGAGGGAGUCCGAGGAUGAGGUCUCUGGGAGCGAGAGUGCCGAGAGUGGAGAUAGUGUCAACCCGUCCACUUCCAGCCACUUCACUCCAUCAUCGAUCCUGAAACGGGAGAAGAGGAUGAGGAGGAAGAGCGUGCGCUUUGACUACGUGACUGUGUACUACUUCACGCGGAGGCAGGGCUUCACCAGUGUUCCCAGCCAGGGAGGGAGCACUCUGGGCAUGUCCAACCGGCACAAGUGUGUGCGGCAGUACACCCUGGGUGAAUUUGCACUAGAACAGGAGAGACUUCACGGAGAGAUGCUGAAGGACCAUCUCAAGGAGGAAAAGCUGAACUCAUUGAAGCUCAAGUUGACAAAGAAUGGAACAGUGGAGUCUGAAGAAGCCAGCACACUUACACUGGAAGAUAUUUCUGAUGAUGACAUUGAUCUGGACAACACGGAAGUCGAUGACUAUUUCUUCCUACAACCAUUGCCGACCAAGAAGAGAAGGGCUUUGUUACGGGCGUCUGGUGUCAAGAAGAUUGACGGAGAGGAGAAACACGAGCUUCGUGCAAUUCGAGUUUCCAGAGAGGACUGCGGCUGUGACUGCCGAAUAUAUUGUGAUCCUGAACUCUGUGCUUGUAGUCAAGCGGGAAUUAAAUGCCAGGUGGACCGCAUGAGUUUUCCGUGUGGAUGCACCAAGGAAGGUUGCAGUAACGCGGCGGGCAGGAUUGAGUUCAACCCUAUCAGGGUAAGGACGCACUUUCUGCACACCAUCAUGAAGCUGGAGCUGGAGAAGAGCCAGCAGCAGCUGGACCUGGAGAAGGGACUGUCGGUGGGAGAGGUGAACGGGCACUCUGCCCAUCUAUCCCGCCCGUACUCGGCCACUGAGACCUUUGAGGUGGACAACGAGCCAGAGACGGCGGUGAUGCACCUGCAGUCGGCGGAGGAAAUGGAGUGGCCUGAGGAGGAGGAGGAAGAGGAGGAGGAUGGCAGCAGUCUGUGCAGCGGUGUGACGGACUCCAGCCUUCAGAGUCUGGCUGCCAGCGAGUCAGACGACGAGGGAGGGGGCAAACCCUCGUCUGUCCCCGCCCCCCCAGCACAGCCCGACACCCUCUCCCUCCCCUCCGUGCUGUGCUACGCCGACGGGACCUCGCCCGAGGCCGCUUCCUACUACGGCAACCCAUCCGCGCUCUACUAUCAGAUUGACCGCAACUCAGCUGCCAGUGCCGUUAGCGCUGACGACAGCGCCUCGCCCGCCUCCACGGAGCGCAGCGGUGAGCCCUUCUGUGUGGAAGCCACCUUGACCUCGAACUACAGCGAGGGGAGCCAGGAGAACGGGGCGCUCUCCCUGGUGCCCUACGGCUCAGCGGCAGAUCAGUACAUCGAGUACACCCCACAGCCAGAGGGAGGCUUCGGCGGUGCCCACUACCCCAUCCCCACCCCCUCCGUGAUAGUGUGCCGCCCCUCGGUUCACGGAAACAUCGCCCAGUGCAACGGUCUGUACUCAGACCAGCAGCCAGGACACUCCCGAGCGGACCUACAGAGCUACUUAACUAACCACGUUCAGGAUGACUACACCGCUGCUGCCGCUGCCGCUGGAGACCUGUACUCCCCCAAGCAGGUCCUGGACAAUGCCAUAAUCCUCCCAGAGGGCAGCGCCUUGCUAGAGGAAACCAUCAAAGCCUCAGUCGUGGAGACGGUGUUUGUUUAGCUUGCUCCCUCGCUCUGUACGCUUUGUCCCUCCCUCCGCACCGGUCAUUCAGAACGGGAAAGAUUUACAACAUGAACGUUUACAAUUUUUAAACACUCAACACCUUUCCUUUGACUGAUCAGAGGCCGAGAUGAAUGCCACUGGACGGCAGUGGUUUACUGACUGCAAUCAGAAAUGAGUUUCAUGUGAGACACUGCAUUAGACAUUGUAGUUUAAUGCGAGCCAUUUCAGUCACUAAUAAUUUAUUUGACUUUCAGAAGCAUUAACUUACCUGAGCAUUAUAGAUGAAGGACAGCGCAGCAGCCAGACUCAAUCUUCACUCUCUGCUGUAGGUCUACGCGACAAUCUCAAAAGUUUAAAAUAAGGUCCCUGUUUUCAACAAAAACUUGGAAAACUACUUAUGUACUAUACACGUGAACAUUGUGAAAAUAAUUUUGUUUCAUCUGUGAAUUUAUUUAUGCCAGUUGGUGCGAUUGUGAAGUAUAUGUUAAAUAUUUCUCUUUGAUUAUGACAGAUAAUUCAAUCCAAGAGAUCAGCAAAAAUUGUUUGAGAUGAUACAGGCUUCAUUUUCAGUUUAGGAGUUAUUUUGAACUGAAUAUGAAGACAGCUCUUUCUUUGUGUUUAUAUUUACUCUACAAGUGUGAAGGCAGUGCUCAUAGUUUCAUAAGACAUAGGAGCAGAAUUAGGCCAUUUGGCCCAAUGAGUCUACUCCGCCAUUCAAUCAUGGCUGAUCUAUCUUUCUCUCAACCGCCUUCUCCUUGAAACCCUUACUGAUCAAGAAGCUAUCAAUAUCUGCUUUAAAAAUACCUAAUGACGGCCUACACAGCCAUCUGGGUGUGAUGAAUUCUACUCAUUCACCACCCUGUGGCUGAAGAAAUUCCUCCUCAUCUCCAUUCUAGGUACGCCCUUUUAUUCUGAGGCUGUGCCCUCUGGUCCUAGACUCCCACUACUGCAAACAUCCUCUCCACAUCCACUCUUGCCAGGCAUGAGACUCCAGUGAAUAACAAAAGCUCAGGAUCUCUUCAGACUGUGAGAACAGGAGUUUUAUUUUUAGAAUCAACAUCAUAGUUUCACUGAUCCAUGAUUAUGGUAGCUCACAGCCCUAAACAUACAAACAUUGAGUUGCCCAAUUUUAAGGUAACAACCCAACUCCCUUUUCCCCUGCCUUAGCUUGGUGCACACACAUUUCUCCCGUUAUCCCACCCCUUCCCCCUAUAUCUUCCUCUGGCUUCACAUUUCUCUUCUCUUGCACCUUUUUGUCUCCUUUUCACCUCUGCCCUCUUUGUCCACCCAACUACGACAAUCACAACCGCCCCACUCCUCAGCUGUAUCCACCCAUCACUUGCCCGAUUUUGCCCUGCCUUUCAUCUCACUUCCUUCCCCACCACCAGUCUGACCCAAAACAUCACCCGCCCAUCCCCCCCACGGAUUCUGCCUGACCCGCUGAGUUCCUCCAGCACUUUGUGUUUUUUCUUCCUUUUAAGCAAGCCGCCUGAAUUGCAGAAUGAGAAAAUACUGGCACAUGAUCACUGACAUAUCUCAAAUAAAACACAUUAAAGUCCAUGGAAAACACAAAGUGGUAGUGGGAAUCAAUCUGUCAUGCUAUCACUGAAUGUUAUAGCUCCCCCAGCACUUGUUUGACAAACUAAAGUGAAAUCUUUACCUCGAAAGAAAGAUUGUGCACUCUUUAUAUGUAAUGUGCUGUUUUCCCAGCUAAAUCAAAUAUUUUAUAAAUGGAAUCAAAUUCCUUUUAAUCAGGCAACAUGUUUCUAUUUUGUCACUCCACUGUGGUUGAUAAUUUAUUAACGGUGUGAAUGAGGGCAGCACCGAGGUGCCGCUGGUAGAGCUGCCGUCUCACAGUUCGAUCCUGACCUCAGGUGCAGUCUGUGGAGUUUGCACAUUCUCCGUGACCAUGUGGGUUUCCUCCGGGUGCUCCGGUUUAUUUUCACAUCCUAAAGA